AUGGCACCGUUCGAGCCGUUGUAUGGUAGGAGAUAUAGGUCUCCAAUAGGGUGGUAUAAAGAAGGCGAGAUGCAGAUAUUUGGGCCUGAUCUUGUUCAUCAGGUAAUGGAGGAUGUGAAAAUCAUCAGAGAACGACUUAAUAUAGCUCAGAGUCGUCAUAAAUCCUACGCCAAUGUUAGGAAAAGAGAUUUAAAGUUUGAAGUUGGAGAUUGGAUAUUUCUUAGAGUUUCUCCCAUGAAGCGAGUUAUGCAUUUCGGGAAGAAAGUAUUGCCUAUAGAGGAAAUCAAGAUGAACAAUUCAUUGUCUUACGAAGAAGAGCUUGUAGCAAUCUUAGAUCGUCAAGUGAGAAAAUUGAGGAGCAAAGAGAUAGCCUCAGUUAAAGUGCAGUGGUGA